AAUUGCAUUGAACUUGUCGCAGUAAAGUUGGCUAUAAAUUCACUAACGUAUUCACGCCACGUCGGUGAGUGAAUGCAUGGCCAACUUCACUGCGACAAGUUCAAUGCAACUCAAUGUACCGGUGAUGCUGCUACCGAUAUUUUGCCACCGGGGUGUCAGGGACCCCGAAGCAAGUAGCGAAAUAUAAGACCUAAAAACGAACAAAUCGUGAAACUCACUUGUUCGGAAUAGUGAUGGUUGUUUACGUUACUAAAUUAUUACGUUUAGAAUUAAUAUUUAUUAUAAAAUGCAAAGUUUAUGUCCGUUGUGUUUAAAAAAUGGCUUAAAGAAGAAAAUAAAAUUAUUACAGAUUAAUUUACAAGAGGCAAUAUGGAUGUGCGAAGAAGAAAAGUGUGUGUGGCCUUUUGGCUGUGAAGACUUUACAUUUUGCCAAAGGUUAGUGGGAAAGAUAUGGUCUUGUUAUUGGGAUGAUAAUAUACCACCAAAAUUAAAAGAAAAUGUGAUAUUACCAGCAAAACCAUCUAUUAUACCCAUUAAAGAUCCAUCAAAAGAAUGUAUCAGUUCUAUUAUAGAUUUAAGUACUUCAGAUAAUAAUUUAAAUAUUUCUGUUAAGGAAGAAUCAAAUAUAGUAUUACAGGUCAAUACAGAAGAAAAAUAUAACUUAAAUAAUAAAAUUAUUACUCCAAGUUUGAAUGAUAAUAAUUUGCAAUCAAACAGUAAUAAAAUAAAAACUGAGAGGACUGAAAAUUCAUUAAACAAACACAUUAAAAAAGAAAUUGAUGUUUUUACAGAAAAUAUUAAAAGCAUAAAUAAUGUUAAAGGAAUUCCUAAGGUAACAAGUAUUGAAAAGACAAUUAUUGAUAUUUCUAAUGUUAAAACAGAGAAUCAAAUUUCUGUGAAUCAAGAUCAAAAUAAAAACAUUUUAAGCAAUAAUGUAAAUACAAAUACUGUAGAACAUAAUUUAUCUUUACCAUUGAAUGAUAAAAUUCAGACUAUCCCCAAUUCAUCAGAUUACAAAGAAUUAUCAGAAUUGGGGCCAUCUAAAAAUGUUCAAUCACUUAAUGAAGUAACAGCAAAGCCUAAUUUAAAUGUAACUACAAUGCAGCUAGAUGGUUUGCCCCCCAUAACAUUAGCAUUUGAAAUGCCAGUAUCCACAACAGUUCCUGAAAUAGUAACAUCUAAUGUACGCCAAAAUGAUUGUAAAAAAAGAAUUGUUACUGAAUGUCUAACAAAACCAAUCACUUUAGAUAUGGAAAGCGUAUCUUCGAAAAGAAACGUAACUAGUGGUAAACAGUAUGAGAAGUUCAGUUUCAGUGCUCUUAAGAAAAAGAAGGAGGUUAAUAAUUCAACUAAUGCAAGCAGUAACAGUAACAGUUUUCAGAAUGUAAAACCAAAGCUUGAAACAAAAAAUGUAGCAAAUAAUUCGAUAGCUAAUAUGAAGAAAAGAAGCUGUACUGAAAACUUUCAUGACAUUCAAAGUAUUGCAAGUUUUAAUAAAGAUUUUAAACCAAUAACUUCAGUUACAGAUGUAACUGAUGCUUCUAAAUUAAAUCAAGUUAAUAAUUAUGAAUCCAGUUUACCAAGUCAAGAUGUAUCAAAUAAUCAAGAAACUGUAUCAGAUACUUCAACAAGUACUGCUAUAAAUAUAGACACUGUUUUAACAGAUUUCUUAACUAAUGAUUAUAAUGUUUCUGAAGAUAUUAAUGAUGAAUGGUUAAAUUCUUUAUUAAGCUAACAUUUAAUUAUUAGCUUGUUAUUUUACUACAAAAAUACUAUGUUAUUCAUUUAUUUUAGUUUGUUACAUUUUUAAUUUACAAAUAACAUAUACUCAAAAAGAUUGAGUAUCAUAUUUUUACUUGUAAUUAC